AAUCUGGGUAUAGAGGGGUUGCAGCUGAAGCAUGAGAUCGGCGGUGCCACUCGCUAUGCGGAGGGGUGUGCGUUGAUGAAGAGCGCUAUGGAGGACGCGAACAAGUUUCUCGAGGAGGCCGCGCCGGAUAAUCGGCAUAGGCUGAUCGUCCUGUACAUCCUUAUCCUCCUGACUUUCCUCAUGAGCGAGAAUCCUGUCGGCAAGAACCUCGCCGUCAUUCAGCCAUUGGUCCGUGAGCUUAGCAUCGCCGAGGACUUUGCGAAGGCGAUGCGCUACGGCCCACGGGAGACGCAAGUGCGCCUCAUCCAGAAGGCCGUCGUGCGCACGUAUCCAUCCGCGGUCGAGGAAUGGGCCCAUGUUCUCGCACACGCUGAUAGGAUGGAACAUCUACGCGCGGCCGAGCCUUGGGAGACCACCCCAGACGAGCUUGCGGAAUGGUUGCGCGAUACCGGUCUGGGCGACGAGGAAAAGGGACAUGGCGGACCGCAUGGGCCAGGCGCCCAUGCUCAUGGAGCGCACUGUCACUGCACCCCCGAAGAGCGCCCUUCGGAAUUGAAGAUGAACGACUUUCAGCUAUACCGUUGUUCAUAUUGCGGCAAUCCGAGCGCCGUCCUGCGCAAGUGCAGUGGCUGCGGGAAAACCAGAUAUUGCGACGCGCAAUGCCAGAAAGCUGGGUGGCCUGCGCACAAGAAAAUUUGCGGCAAGGCUGGGACUACCUCAUGAACGACCUCUUUCAGUCUCUGAUCCAUGUACCAAUCCGCAUUCCCUCUUUCUCUGUUUUCUGUACACUACCAAGUUCUUCCGUCUCCUUGAAAUCGAAUCUUCUGGCCUAUGCUUAA